UUGCCCCAGACUCCCGCAGCCUCCUCCUUUUCAUCUCUAUCUUCUCCGUCGGCCCCUAAAUAUUUCUAUCAAAUUUCGAUCCGUUCGAGUCGCUUCACUCUCCUUCCGUCGUUUUUCACUCUCGAUCCACCCCUGCAUUACUUUUCCGGCCGUUUUGCAGAAUGUCAGAAACACCCUUCCGACCACGUGAGCAGCUCUAUGAGAAGCAAAAGAUUUUCCAAAGCAUCCACAAACACACAUACCUGAAGGGACCAUAUGAUAAGAUUACGUCUGUUGCCAUUCCAGCUGCUUUAGCUGCUACUUCAUUGUUCCUUAUUGGACGAGGGAUCUACAACAUGUCACAUGGGAUUGGAAAGAAGGAAUGACGCAGCAUAGGAAUGACCGUUGGCUGGCAGACAAAGUCUGAAGAUUUAUGUGCUCCCAGUCUCUGGUAGUGUUGAAUUUUUUCUGUUUGCGGCCUCUAAUAAUUGCUUAGUAGCAGAUUCUGUACUUCCAUUGAAAGGGGGAGAUUUUACUUUUGAAAUUUCUGCUAAUGGGGUUUCCUGUUUGAUAAAAAUUGCACUCGUUUAAUAUACUUAAGACUUCAGUCAUUUGUAUUAGACGUCUUUCUCUCAA